GCCAGAGGUGAAAGUGGCCGAGCUGGAGUUGCGCCGCGGACUUGCAGCGUCACCGCGCAUGCGCCGCCUCUUCGUAUAUAAGUAAAGGAGCCUGUUGGUAAGGGACCUCAGGAGUGCGCCAUGAAACGUCGAGUCGCUACGCCCCUUCUCGUCCUCCUGGCCGUCGGCUGGGUGGCCGGGCAGACAGACCUGGACAUGGACCCGGAAUACUACUGCUCGGGACGAAAAGACGAUGAGUUUUUCAGAAAGGACUUCGGAAUUGACGCAGAUGAGAAAGUGUACAGGGCCAACUGCGGCACCUACUACCGCUGCGUGCCUGCUCCUUCAAGCAAGAAGUCCAUUGCCAUGGCUAAGUGUCAGAGCGAGCUGUUCUUCGACAUUGAACAACAGAUUUGUGAGCGCAAGCACAAUGUCUUGAACUGCGCCCAGAUUGAUAAGUUCCAGCCUCCUUUGCCUGUGUGGCCACUGGCCGAUGGACAGGAAUCCCUCUGCCCCAAUGGAGAGAUUGAGUGCGGCAGUGGCGAGUGCCUGCCCAGGGAACUCUUCUGUGAUAACAACGUGGACUGUGCCGAUGGCUCUGACGAGAACAUCUGCACGCCCGACAAUGAUCCCAACCGUGCUGAUGUUUGUGAUCCCCGCAAGUGCCUCUGGUCUGAGGGCUGCUUCUGCUCCGUGGAUGGCACGCGCAUUCCCGGCGACCUGAACCCUGAGCAGACGCCCCAGAUGAUCACCAUCACCUUCACCGGCGCCAUUAAUGACCGCAAUUUCCGUAUCUUCCAAGACAUCUUCAAAGAUACCACCAAGCACAAGGGCAAUGACUGUACGCCCAAAGGCACCUUCUUCAUCUCUCACGCUUUCACUAACUAUUCAGCCGUGCAGGAACUCCACCGUGUGGGUCACGAGAUUAGCGUCAGCUCCAUCACCAACAACCAGAACCGCACUUACUGGAGCCAGCUGGACUCUGCAGGCUACGAAAGCGAAAUGGACGGCGCACGUGUGAUCAUCGAACAGUUCGCCAACAUUUCUGCCAACGAAGUCCUUGGUCUGCGUGUGCCCAGGCAGCGAGUGGGCGGUAACCAACAGUUCAAGAUGAUGGUCGACUGGGGAUUCCUGUAUGACUCCUCCAUUUCUGCCCCUAUGGGUCGUCUGCCCCUGUGGCCGUACACUCUGAUGCACCGCAUGCCUCACAAGUGUCUGGGUACUGACCAGAACUGCCCAUCCCGUAACUUCACCGUGUGGGAGAUGGUAGUGAACGAGUUGGAUCGUCGUGACGAUGUGAAGUUCGACGAAGUCCUGACAGGUUGUCACUACGUGGACCAGUGCGCUAACCUCGUCUCCCCCAAGCAGUUCCGUAGCUUCCUGGAUAACAACUUGGACCGUCACUUCAGAACAAACCGCGCUCCCUUCGGCCUGCACUUCACCUCAGGAUACUUCGAGACUCGCAAAAACUUCCUGAAGGAGUUCGUCUCCUGGGUGGCUGAUGUGGCUCAGCGUGGAGACUUCUACUUCGUGACCAUGCAGCAGGUCAUCAACUGGAUGGAGGCUCCCACGGAGAUUGCAGCCAUCAACAACUUCCAGGAAUGGAAGGGUAAGUGCGAGGUGAAGGGUCUGCCCUACUGCUCCCUGCCUAGCCCCUGCCCUAAGAAGGUAUCUCGUCUCUUCCCUGAGGAGGAGGAAAUGUUCCUGUACACGUGCAUGGAGUGCCCCUCCACCUACCCAUGGCUACAUGAUCCCUACGGCAGUGGCGGAUUCUUCAGCUUCAACGAGAAUUUCUAAGACCACCAACACAAGUAUCUCACUCCUUCACGACUUUCCACGAUACCCAUUAGUGAAUACCAGUAGUAUUCUCAAACUACCCUGCAUUCCUCUCCGCAUCCUCGUCCUUUCUUGCGACGUAGUGGCGGCGCAUCACCUUAACGAGGACUUAUUCAUCCAGCGUGGCCCACACCUAGGCACCACGCCAGACCACGAGGUGUUGUGUGGUCGCGAUCAUCCUUCACCUCCUCCGUGAUUUAUCGUGUUUGAACUUGUGAUGCUUGUUGUACACAUGACUCUCUGUUGUAUUAUAGUGUACAGUCAUUUUUGUUAUCCGUUUAAAGUAUUUCCAAUUAAAUAAAUCCUUCUCAA